CCCUGUGCCCCCCGGGUUUGGAUGUAAAGAAAGGAAAAUAGCCCCAGGAGGAGUCAGGUGGGCCGGAAAGCGAGACCUUUGAAAGGUCAAGUGCGGGCUAGAACUUAAGAAAGUUAAAAAAAAAAAGGUUUCUGGAGGCUUCUCCCUAAGUAAAUAACAGUGCUCCCCCCACACCCUCCGGCCCAGAAGAAAGGCUCGGUUCGGGGGAUCCAUUCGCUUGCCCCCUUUCCACGUGCCAGGCCCCGGGCGUAGGAGAGAACCAAAGUAGUCUCUGCUCGCUCCGUCUCACUUUCGGUUAAGAGUUUAGGUGCGCGGUUCUGCGCUGGACCCACGCCGCCAGCGUGACUUGGCGGCGGCGCGCUGGUGAGAGGCUGCGGCUGCGAGAGCCCGACGUUAACGUUAAGCCCCAGCCCCGGGAGGGUGAGCGCCUGCCUCUCAGGGGGUUGCAUAAGAACGGACUAUUUAACCCAGGCUUAAAAAUUGCCGCUGCGCUUCCUGUCUGGUCGGGGGCCUGCGUCCCUCCUCCCCACCCCCACCGCCCCCUUUUCAGCCGGAGGAUGCCGUGAUCUGGUCUGGGCUUUGCCAGUAUAAAUAGCUUAAGAUGCAUUCGGCCACGAAGCUUUGUCAGUGUAAUAAGUACAACGCUGCAAACUUUUGUAGUUAGGGCUAGGCCAGCCAGACUAUCAAAGGAACAUUUUGUUGAACCAGAGAGUGACAAUUUUUAAAAAUCGCAUGGAAUAUCAUGAUAAGUAAUGGAACAAGAUAAAUGUGCAGACCUCGGUGUAUGAUGAAGCAGUCAUCAUCGAAACGACUCGGAUAAAUGGAAAAUAAAAACACGAAGUAGUUACCGUUUGCGGAAUCCUAUGCUGAACGCUGGGGAGACAAUUUGGUGACAUUGUCAAUCCAAUCCUAAUGAAGUUUUGAGGGUUUGGCCUCCUUUCAAAGAAAGACAUCCUUGUUAAAUGAGCAUGAUUGCCAGAGGAGGGAAGGCUUUGUUUAAAACUACCUUGGGUUCAGGAAAACAUGUGUUGAUGAAGAAUAAAGAUGAUAACUUGGGACAGAAAUCCCAUCUGCAGAAAAAUGUGAGCUCUGGACAGGAACUCUUCCGCCAGCUCUUUAGGCAGCUUCGCUACCAAGACACUUCUGGGCCCCAAGAGGCCCUGGUCCGACUCCAAGAGCUUUCCAGAUGGUGGCUGAGGCCAGACAUCCACACAAAGGAAGAGAUUCUGGAGCGAUUGGUUCUGGAACAGUUCCUAACCAUUCUGCCUGGUGACCUUCGGACCUGGGUUCUGCUUCAUCACCCAGAGAAUGGGAAGGAGGCGGUGGCUCUUGUGAAAGAUCUUGAGAGUCACUUCAGUGAUCAAGAAAGGGAGGUCUCAGACCAAGCUCAGGUUCAAGAUGUGCUGUGGAUGGGGACUACAUCUCUGGGAGCAGCACAGGAAUCACAUCCUAUUCCAUCCCUCAGGAGUUACUCCUCACACAGGACCUACUUGGACUCUGAUUAUGACACAGGGAUGUUCCACCUUCAGGAUCCUCCAAAUGUUCCUCCAACUCCCCAAAUCCCUGCUGUUCCUCAAGAGGAGAGCACAGGUCAGAUGAUGGCCAUGUCUCCAGAAGCCAAAUCACAGGACUCUGUGACGUUCGAGGAUAUAGCCAUAUACUUCAGUAAGGCAGAAUGGCCACAUCUGUCCCCUGCUCAGCGGGCCCUGUACAAGAAAGUGAUGCUGGAGAAUUAUCGGAAUUUGGCCUCUCUAGUACGUCCAUUUCCCAAACCUGCUGUGAUUUCCAAGCUGGAGGAGGUAUCAUGGGACCUUCAGGAAACUCCGGACCAAGUAGAUCUGAAAAAUACUCAUGCAGGUGGUGAACCCCAUAAUGAGGUCAAGAAGUUGGUUGAAAAGCAGGAGAUUGGUAAAGAAGAUUCUCAAGCAUUAUCUCAAACACAGGGAGGUCUCCAGACCAGUAUUCCUGAGCAGCCUCAUUUUGAAGAGUUUAAUGAACACAAGAACAGGAAAGAGAAGCAGGGAGGGAAAUCGGCUCUGGAGAUAAAGAGAGUAGAGAGAGAUUCCAAAUAUAUGGCAGACAGAGAUGUAACAACUGCAGAGGAAACAGAGGAAAAUUAUCAGAGACAUUUAAGCUCAAACCUUGUUAGUCAUCAAAAAAUUCCCCAAAUAGAGAAAGUCUACAAAUGUGAUGAGUGUGGCAAAUAUCUUAAACAUAGUUCAGACUUUGUUCAACAUCAGAAAACUCACAGUGGAGAGGAAUCCUCUAAAUAUGAUGAAGUUGGGAAAGCAUUCAGUCAUACUUCGGAACUUGGUCAAGUUCAGAGAAUAAAAGGUAAAGAUAUGCCCUACAAAUGUAAAGACUGUGACAAAUCCUUCAGUCAUCGCUCACAUCUUGACCACCACCAAAGACUUCAUACCCGGGAAAGACCGUAUAAAUGUAAAGAGUGUGGAAAAGCCUUCAGGUGGAGUUCAAACUUUGCUCGACAUAGAAGAAUUCAUACUGGACCAAAACUCUAUGAAUGCCAAGAAUGUGGAAAGGGCUUUACUAGAAUUUCUCAAUACAUUAUUCAUCAGAGAGGCCACUUUGGGAAAAAACACUAUAUAACUAAUAGAUAUAACAGAACUUUUAGGCACAUAUCAGCAUUUAAUAAACAUAGGAAAGUUCAUACAGGGGAGAAAUGCUAUAACUGCAAAGACUGUGGGAAAACUUUUACAAGAAAUAGAACCCUUCUUGAUCACCAGAAAAUUCACACUGGUGAGAAACCCUAUAGAUGUAAAGAAUGUGGAAAAACUUUUACAAGAAACAGAACCCUUCUUGAUCAUCAGAGAAUUCACACUGGUGAGAAACCAUAUAGGUGUAAAGACUGUGGGAAAACUUUUACAAGAAACAGGAGCCUUGUUGAGCAUGAGAGAAUUCACACUGGCGAGAGACCUUAUGAAUGUAUUAAGUGUGGAAAAGCCUUCAAUCGUAAGUCGUAUCUUUUUCUUCAUGAGAGAACUCAUAACCAAAAGAAACCUUACAAAUGUAACAUUUGUGGAAAAGACUUUAGGUGGGGCUCAGGCUUUUCUCGACAUCGAAGAAGCCAUAUUGAGAAUCAUGAUGAAGGUAAUGAUCAAAGGAGAAUUUUUAAUCAUAGAUCAGACAUUCAGCACCAGAAUACUGAACAUACUGAAAAGAAGUCUUACCAAUGUCAUGAAUGUGGGAAAACUUUUACCCGGAAGAGAACCCUGAUUGAUCAUCAGAGAAUUCACACAGGGGAAAAACCUUAUAAAUGCAGUCACUGUGGGAAAGCCUUCAGUUGUAAGCCAUACCUUAUUGUCCAUCAGAGGACUCAUAUCUUUAAAGCUCAUCAGAAAAAUUGCAUCACAAAGAAUUGCUAUGAUUGUACUCAGUGUGGAAAAACCUUUUCUCAGAAAUCCUCACUUAUUGUACAUCAAAGACUUCAUACUGGAGAACUACCUUAUAAAUGUAGCGUCUGUGGGAAAGCCUUCAGAUGGAAGUCAAACUUCACUCAACAUCAGAGAAGUCACAUUGGAAUGAAACAAUUUAAAUGUCAAGAAUGUGGAAAAAUUUUCAGCCAAAAAGACAGAUUAAUUGAUCACCAGACAAUUCAUAGUGAAGAGAAAGUCUUUCAAGAUCAGCAAGGUGACAAAACCUUCAAUCAGAAAUUUACUGAGUACCAACAAGUAGCUGAUCAUGAGAAACCUUAUAAAUGUAAUCAGUGUGGGCAGUCCUUCAGCUGUGCCUCAGGACUUAGCAUACACCAAAAAAUACACACGGAGGAGAAAUCCUACGAAAAUGAUAAUAUGGAAACUUCUUUCCAGGACUCAAGUCCUACCUCUCAUCAAAAGUUCCACAUUAGAGAGGGAGUCUAUAAAUGUAAUAUAUGUGAGAAAGCCUUUCCCAAGAAAUCUCAGCUUCUUAUGCAUGACAGAUUUCAUACCCGAGAAAGACCCUAUAGUUGUAAAAAAUGUGGGAAAAAGUUCAGAUGGAGCUCAAACUUAUCUCGACACCAGAAAAAGCACGCUACAUGGUAAAUUGUAAAAUAAAAAUUUUGUAGUUUCAUAGCAAUGACUACAAAAGACAUCUUAGCUAAGGAAAUCUCAGCUGUGUCAUUGGUGAUUCUGGGUAGGGAGGAUUUAUGAUUGAUUUUCUUUCUUGAAGGAGAUUUUCUCUUUUCCUUGAGUACACAAUCAAGAAUCUAUGAGGAAACUUGUCUCAAGAGCAAAGUUUGUGAAAAUUAGGGAAGAAAUUUCAAGCCUGCUUUUAGUUGAAGCAAAUCAUAAAAAGUAAUAUGAUAGUAAUGUUAGGGAGAUUUGUUUUCCAUCCUCCCCUCUUGACACAAGUUGUAUAAUACUGGACAAUUCAGUUAGACUUUGCAAAGGAAAUUUUUUUUAGUCUCUAAAAGAUUCUCUAUCGUACUCUUGACACGUUGAGAAUAUCUGAAAAUUCACUAGUGCAUAUCUAUUAAGUGAUAUAUGGGUUGGUGCAGGAAAAUUUUUUAAAGCAUAUCUUAAAUACAAUAUAUGUAUACAUAUUUAUACAGUUCUCUUGUUGCAUUUCUAAAUCUUGCUGCAUACAGAUUUAGAAAGAAUAAAAAUAACUUGGGAAGAAAAAAAUGUAAACAUCCCACACUCAUUUCCCAGUGUUCUU